AUCUUUUCUCUACAUCAUUGAGCUUAUUUGAUCUGAUCUCGACCCAAAAUAAUCAAUCAGAUUUUAGGCUUCCAACCAUCAAAACAAUCAGUAUCAGCAAGCAUAACAUUCACGUGUCAAAGUCAAUCUUCACGAUGUGUGGCUAUGUACGGGUUACCGAUUUCAUCAUCAAAGUCACACCCUCGCUAUUAUUGAUCGGUCUUAUCGUUUUUAACGCCCUUCAUUAUUUUCGUGUUUUUCUCAUGCGGCCUGAUCUUAUCGAUGGGCUCCUUUUAUCCAAUAUGCUGAUGGGUUUCUAUCUUGCUUUUAUCAAUCGAGGGACGUCCUUUAGAGACGAUUUGCGGUUGUAUCUAAAUCGCAGAGAGCGUGAGCGCGCAGGGUCAAAGAUUCAAUGAAUGCUUGGUUCUUGAAUGGCAGAUGGCAUGCUGGAAUGGCCGGUUCAGUCUCCUGGUUAUCAUUGCAGGAAACCUAUUUCUCCUGGUACUACGGAUCGGGAAGAGGAAGGGAUCUUC